UUGUCAAUGGAAAUAGAUUAUGAAAAUGUAGGUAAUGAUAUUGAUCUGGAAGAUCUCGAAAAUGAAGCUUGGCUUAUUAAACUGCCAGCUUACUUGUUUGAUAAAUGGGCAGAUGUUGCAGAUGAUGAUACUGAACUUGCUAGAGUUCAAUUUUUUGUUGAUUCUCGUGGAAUAGGUAGUCAACCACCAAAACAAUCGUAUAAACUUAUCCUUUCAGACAUUGAAAGACAUGAAAAUGAACCCAAAGAAUAUGAUCUUGAAGUUGUUGAUGAUAAUGUUGCUGAUACAUAUCUUUUUUACCAAUAUAAAGAUGAUGGAAGUGUAUCCAUGGCCGCUACAGCAAAAAAAAAUUUUAUAGUGAAACCAACAUUUGGAGUUGAUUACAGUAGAAAAGUUCGUCAAAGAACAUUACAAGCUGCAACAUCAACGAGAAGAAUUAAGAUAAUAGGAGAUAAUGAAAAUCAUGGUGCUUACGUACCUCCUGGUGCAUAUGCGGCUGCUAUUACGAAAUUUGGAAACCUUGUUCAAAAGAAACCAAAAGUAUCGAUCAAUCAAAAGACUACACGUAUGCCAAAGAAUGAACUUAUAGAUUUACUAUUUGGUGCUUUCGAAAAGUACACAUAUUGGACAUUACGUGGAUUAAAAGAUUAUGCGAAACAACCUGAGUCAUAUUUAAAAGAUGUGUUGAAUGAAAUUGCUAUACUAGAUAAACGUGGAUCAUAUAAUAAUUGCUAUCAUUUAAAACCUGAAUAU